CUUAAAAUCCUCUGACAGAGCAGGAGGUGAAAGCUACCCGCACUGCUCGGCUGCAACAUGAAGACUCUGAACAAUCGGGCCGGCAGCCACCUGACCAGCCAGGUUGAGUGUGAGUUGGAAAAUAUGGGUUCGUGGGUGAACCAGGGCUACAGCGGUUCCCCACCACCGUUACCUCGAGCUGUCAACACCGUCUACAACCCUAAGCCCCCGUUUCAGGGCUCCAUGGAAAGCAUGUACAAUGUGGACACCACGAGCCCAUUCCCAGAAGAGCCAAAGUUGGCUGAUAAAGGCCUCAUGAAGGAGCGCAGAGGCUGCUGUUCUUUCAUCAAAGGCUUGUGGGGCACAACACUGACUGAGAACACGUUGGAUAACAGGGAACUGUUUGUCCGCACCACUCUACGAGAGUUAAUGGUCUACGUGAUGUUUUUGGUGGAUAUUUGUCUAUUGACAUAUGGCAUGACCAACUCAAGCACCUACUAUUACACUAAAGCCAUGACAGACCUGUUUGUCAAUACAGCCGGCGAAAGUGGGGUAAAGUUUCAAUCCAUUAGCACAAUGGCCGAUUUCUGGACUUUUGCCCAAGAACCACUUCUAGAUGGACUCUACUGGACCAAAUGGUACAACAACCAGUCCAUGGACAGUGGAGAUCAGUCCUUCAUCUACUAUGAGAAUAUGUUACUAGGGCUCCCCAGGAUGAGGCAGAUCAAAAUCAAGAACAAUUCCUGCAAGGUUCACAAGGACUUCCAGGAUGAGAUCACAGGAUGUUAUGAUGUCUACAACGACAAAAAGGAGAACGAUCUCAGCUUUGGCCUGAUCAACGGCACCGCAUGGAGCUUCAACACUGAGAAAGCCAUUAAGGGUUCUUCUCACUGGGGCUUGCUGACCACCUACAGUGGAGCGGGAUACUACCAAGACCUAAGUCGGACAAAGGACGAAAGUACAGUUGUACUGAGAGAGCUGGAGGAGAACCUUUGGCUGGACCGCGGAACCAGGGCGGUCUUCAUUGACUUCUCCACUUACAACGCAAAUAUCAACAUGUUCUGCGUCAUCAGGUUGGUGGUUGAAUUCCCAGCAACUGGUGGAGCGAUCCCUUCGUACCAGAUCCGAACCGUCAAAUUGAUUCGAUACAUCAAUUACUGGGAUUACUUCAUCCUUGGCUGUGAGAUGAUCUUCUGUUUAUUCAUCCUCUAUUAUGUUGUAGAGGAGAUUCUUGAGCUUCGAAUACACAAGUUUUCGUACUUUAAAAGCAUCUGGAACAUACUCGACAUAGUGGUCAUUCUGCUUGCCAUCGUUGCCAUUGUAUUCAAUAUCUUCCGUACUGUCAAAGUUGACAAAUUGCUUGGAAAAUUGUUGGAUCAACCAGAAACCUACGCCGACUUUGAGUUUCUGGCAUUCUGGCAAACACAAUACAACAAUAUGAAUGCAGUCAAUCUGUUCUUUGCAUGGAUCAAGGUGUUCAAGUACAUCAGUUUCAAUAAGACCAUGACCCAGCUGUCUUCCACACUGGGUCGCUGUGCAAAAGACAUUGUAGGCUUUGCUAUAAUGUUCUUCAUUGUGUUCUUCGCAUAUGCUCAGCUCGGAUAUCUUCUCUUUGGUACAGAGGUUGAAUCCUUCAGCACCUUUGUCAAGUGCAUCUUUACCCAGUUCAGAAUCAUUCUUGGAGACUUUGAUUAUGACGCCAUUGACCGAGCAAACAGAGUCCUUGGGCCAAUUUAUUUUGUAACCUAUGUUUUCUUUGUUUUCUUUGUUCUGCUGAACAUGUUCCUGGCCAUCAUAAAUGACACAUAUUCAGAGGUGAAGGAGGAGCUCUCAUCCCAAAAAGAUGAGCUCCAGAUUACUGACAUCAUCAAACAGAGCUAUAUGAAGACAUUCAUGAAGCUGAAACUGAAGAAUGAGAAAAUAUCCGACGUUCAGAGGGCUCUACGGUCUGGAUCUGGCGAAAUUGAAUUCAAAGAUUUUAGAGAAACCCUGAAAGAGAUGGGACAUGCUGAUCAUGAAAUCUCUGCAGCUUUCUCUCAGUUUGACCGUGACGGUAACCAAAUUCUAGACGAAGAUGAACAAGAAAGAAUGAAAACAGAAUUGGAAGAAAAGAGGGAUGCCCUUUGUGCUGAGCUCAACAAUCUUGGAAUGAAUUAUGGGAAAGAUUUAGGAGCAAAGGUUCCUGUGACCUUAAGUGAGCAGAAGAGCAACACUGCUCACCACUAUAUGGAUCGGGAACAGUUUCUGAGAUUAUCCAGGCAGGUCCUCCACCUUGAAAGUGCUAUGUCUGGCAUCACAGCCAAGAUUGAGUUGAUUUUGGAGAAAACUGGGAUAAAAGAUGUCACUGAAGGAAAUAAAACCACUGGCAAACAGACUAAUCAUGUUGCUGAUCAAACUGCCUCAGACGGGAGCAUCCUUAUCUGUGUGGACCGAGGGACAAAGCCUGCAAUGUCAUCAGGGAGGAUUCGUACCAUCCCUACUUACGACUGCCAUAUGUGAUCAAACCCUGAGGUAUAACGAACAAAAGUCUGCCAUAGCGAAUGAUUUAACAGAACAAAUAUUUAGUGCUUUAAACGUGAUAGCUCGUUCCUGAAACUUGCAAGAUUUGUUGGAAGCACAUGCUGAAAUAUGUAUAUAUUGUGUACAUUUGUUUUUCAAUUUGCUUUCUAGAAAAUUGCACUAGAGCUACAAAUAUUAAUGUCAAGCUCAAAUAUUUAGACAACCACAAUUAAGUAUUGUAGCUGCUACAUAAAUAUAUAUUACAUAUGUAUAUAUAUAUAUAUAUAUAUACAUACAUAUAUAUACACACACUAAGUGUUUAGUAUAUACUGAAAUACUUUUGUGCAAUAUAUGUAAUGUUAAUCACCAAAAAGCAAGCUAAAAGUAGUGAUUGCUUAAAAAAUAUUUUACCAUUUUAAGUUGGCCUUGUACUGUCUGCAAGUUAUUUGCCCUUUUUUAUAUACUAUGUAAUAAAUGGUUUAAUAAUCAUAAAUCACAUUUAUCCAGAUGUUGAGCUGCCCAUGCUCAAAUCAAGACAAGCUGAGUUGUGUUUAGAAUGAGAGGCGUGUUAACGUUGUAAAUGCAGAUGAAUAAGUGUUUAUUAAACAUACAAAAUCA